UGGAGGAUACUGAUGUUAGAGAGAGAAAGUUGGUAGGUGAGUUAAGUUUUAUUUUUCCUAAAAAAGGGGCAUUUCGGUAAUUUAAUGAUUCUGAUAUUUUAGAUUAAAAAUGAAUAAAAUAUUAAAGGGUAAUGCCGAUAUUUUACUCCUUUUUAGAUUUUGUUUGGAUGCAAAAUCGGGUGUUAUUGUUAAAAAAAACAUAGUUAUCUUUCAUCUGAUCUGGUUGCGGCAAUUCUUAAAAGGUGUGGAUGUAAUUAACCUAACAUUUAAAUUAUCCACUGUCUCCAAGAUUGCACUUGGUGCUCAAGUCAAGGAGGGCAAAAAUGGAAAUUAAAAUAUAUGCUUUGACGGCUGAAAAGAAAGCUAAAAACCAUUGGCGCCAAAAUCCAAGUCAAUCCUUUUCCUUCUUCACUCUGCCCGCGGUCAGCAGAUUUCACGGGCAUCCUAUCUAUCUUGUUAUGUACUGUACCCAUUCUUUCUUUAUUAAGCUCAUUUGCUUAGGUCACCCCUUCCUCGGGUUCUUUCUCUCUCUCUCUCUCUCUCUCUCUCUCACACACACACACACACACACACACACACUCGGUGGUACUGCAGUAUAACGAAAGAAAGGAGAGCAUGUAUUAAAAUUGAAGAUUACACUUCUUUCCUUCAUUUAAAGUCCUUUUAUUACUUUGUCACGGCGUCUGAUGUCUCCUCGCCUCCAAGCUUCUUAAAAGAGGUUUCAUUCCCACAAACAAACACCCUUUUCACUUCCCUUCAACCUUUUCUCACUCUCACUCCCAACAUUUUCCUACUGGUUUCUUUAGAUUCUACGUCUUUAUUCUCAUUUCUUUACAAAACCCAUCUUUUAUUUUUCCUUUUUCCUUUCUUCCUUCCAUUUUUAUAUAUAACUUCAUUAAAAACAGUCUGAUCAUCUAAUUUAAUAUGGGGUUUCCAGAAAAGUCUCAGAUGGAUGGUUGUGUAGAUCAUUCAGAGGGUGGAAAGAAAUGGGUUAUAGCUGGAAUUCCAUUACGGACUCCAUUGAAGCCAAUUUUUACGAAGCCAGUAGUGGACAGAGAACGGGACGUUAAGGAAGACGAAGAGUGUUCCACCACACCGACGGCCGUAGAAUCCAGGAUUCCGGCCAGACUGCCGUGUCCGCCGGCGCCCAGGAAGCGAAAACCUUCCUCGAGGUGUCAUUACAGUACUGGGGUGAAGGAGUUCUUUACUCCACCAGACCUAGAAACGGUGUUCAUCUUACGGCAUGUUGAGAGGGCCUGAUCCAUACUGUUGGCAGUCCCUCUCUCUCUCUCUAGAUCUCUCUCUCUAGGUCUCCCCCCUUCUCUCUUUCUGUUGUGUAUCAGCAGCAUCUCCUUUUAGACUAGCUCUUUGUAGUUAGCCAGAAAUUUAUGUACAUGGCUUUUAUGAAUCAUUAAAUAAAAUAGCAAUUUA